GCUUUAGGGUUUGACUGGAAUACCAAGGUGAAUCUAAGUGAGUUGUCUGCUGCUCUAGAACAAGAGUUAUUGAACCCAGAGGAGCAGAGUAUAGUGUACCAGGCCGCACUAGCCUCAUACCAGCAGGAAAUGAGACAUCUUAAAUCAACCGUCGAGCAGGCUGUAUGGGCUAAAGAUAAAUUAAAACUAGAUCUAGCUGAAGCCAAUGCAAGGAAUUCUCUGCUAGCUAAGGAGGUAGAUGAAAGGCAUGCUUCUAUGGAAAAGUCUUCAGAAUCUAAACUAUUCACAUUGUUGUGUGGUAUAAAAUCUACAUACAUGUCUAUAGAGCGCAAGUACCAGGAGCAGGUGAAACAAUUACAAGGAGAGUUAGAUAAAGAGAGGGAGAAUUAUUCUACAUUCACUGCCAGUCAUAAACUUAAUAUUGAUGCAGAAAUGGAGGAGUUGAGGAAUGAGGAGGCAAAGCUUCGGGAACAUCUUGUUCAAGCUCAAAAAGAGAUAGAAAAACAAGGUCAUGAACUUGAAGAGGUCACUGGACAACUUGAUGAAUCAGAGAAACAAUGUCAAAGGUUACAGAGGGAGUUAGAAAAUGUUGAAGAUAUUCAUAGAAAGCUAGCUGAGUAUGAAGGUACAGGGUUGCUUAGUCCAGAAGAACAAAAAUUUACUCAGGAAAAAUUACAGCGAAUUGAGCAAGAAAAUAAGGAGUUAAAGGAUCAUAAUGAUGAGUUAACAGCAGAGAUAGAGCAGAUGAAACAACAGAUAACACCAUUACGUAAACCUAGUGACAUGUCCUCUGAUACACAUACACCCAUCAGGAAACAUGGAUCUAUCAUGUCUGAUUAUAUCAAACCUGUUAUCGUCAAGAAAUCAUGCUCCUCUUCUGCUGAGUUUUCCGAUGAUGAACCUCACAGUAGAGGUCGCCGGCUCCCUUCCACUGAGCACGAUGAUGAUGAUAUAAGGAUAAGAUUAUUCAAAGCUGCACAUAGAAAAUCAUCCACAGGUGUUGGUAGUACUGGAGACAAGGAGGUUAUAGAAGAGUUAAGGAAAGAACUACAAGAACUCAAGAAUCAUUUUGAUAUAGAGAGACGGGAAAUAGAACAAGCCCAUAGACUAGAAAUAACAGACAUCGAAGAAAGACAAGAUCAGGAAAAAGGUGAUCUACUCAACCAUAUAGAGAGGGAAAAGGUAAAGAUAUCAGAUGAUUUUGAGAAAUUACAACAACAGGCAUUAUCAGAACUAGCAAGGGAGUUGCAGACCAACUUUGCCCACGAGAAGGAAGACCUCAUACUGAAACAUGAAUCUGAGAAGAACCACUUACAACAAAAGUUCAUAGAAGAGACAGAUAGGCUAAGGGAAAAAUUGGAAUCAGAGCAUCAGGAAGAGUUAGAGAGUCGUAUAGAGGAAGUUAGGUCGGUUUGUGAGCAGGAAAGAUUCCAGGUGGAGGAGGCUUUAGCUGAAGCACAACCUAUCGUAAAUGAUCUGGAGGAACAAAACACACAACUACAGCAAAAACUCUCUGAACAAAAGGAGCUGAACACUCAGCUAACACAAAAACUUGCCAAACAAAAGGAUUUGAUUCACGAAUUAGAACAGAACCUUGAGGAUCAAAGCACUCAGUCUCAAAAGAAACUAGCAAAACAGAAAGCACAUAAUACACAGCUGGAAGAAACUCUUGAGGAAGAAAAUACUCAGCUGAAAGUAAAACUGUCAAAGCUUAAGGAACAAAAUACAUUGCUGGAACAGAAACUUGUUGCACAAAAUGAGCAGUGUGGAAACCUGAAACAAACACUUGAUGAACAGAAGUCAGCACUUGAACUGAAACUUAGCAAAGAGAAAGAAGAAAAAACAAAACUUGAAGAAAACUUUGAGGAACAAACGAAAAAUCUUCAACAUAAACUCACCAAACUAAAGGAGUUUAACACACAGCUUGAACAAACACUUGCCCAACAGAAGGAAGAAAGUGAUACAGAAUUGAAAAGACAAAAAGCAGAAAUGGAAGGAAUGUUAACUAGACAUAUGCAAAAGCUUGAGGAUGUUGAACGACAGAAAAAUGAAAUAGAAUUACAUUAUAAGAAAGGUAACAAUGACACAGAACUAUCAUUCAGAAAGGAGAAAAUGGAUUUGACCAAUGAAAAAGACAGACAGUCUCAGGAUAUCAGAGAGCUACAGAGACAGAAAGCUGAGUUAGAAUUAGAGCUUAAACAACAGAGAGAUGAGCUUGAGCUCUCAUUUAGACAAGAGAAACAAGAGAUUUUAGAGCUCUAUGAAGAAAAGAUCAGAGAGAUGGAACAGAAACUAAUUGAGUCAGAGAAAGUGCAGGAUAAUCUGCUGAAGGAGGGUGUAGAUUCACUUUAUGGUAAACUGAAGGAAGACUUCUAUAGACUGUUGGAUGAUGCAACCAAAGCUAAACUUGCUGAGGAGAAGAAGAAAUUAGAUGAAAACCUUAAAAAAGAAAUGGAAGCAAAUUUUGAUACCAAGAAAUCUGAACUGA